CCUUCUUAAGUGUGUCCUUACCAGGAGGCAAUCAAGUAAAAAGAUGUUACCCGGAUAUGGGUCUGAAGGCUUCCUCAACAAGGAUUUAUCCGUCGUUAAGUAUGAGUGGAACCGUCCCAUCAGCGAGAAGUCUGAUCAAAAAGUUCCUUUACAAGCCCUCCCCCAUGGGCUGCCUCUUGACAGCCCCCUCUUCAUGAAGAACGGAAUAGGGUUGGAGUGGUCGAAGAACCGAAUGCAACAGUACAAUGAUGUAUGGGAUAUUUCUAAGUGCCGAGGGAUGGGGGGAAGGGGAAACAGCAUAGACGCACGUGGCCUCGGCUACCCCGAGUACAUUCAAGAUUUGCAGACAAAACAGUCUUUACUUAUGGCAAGGACAAAAGGAAGAGGGAAGAAGUUCGAAGGCAAAGGGGAGAAGACUAUAAGCCAGCCAGAUGCCAACACUGGAGUUAUACCUCCUGCUCUUGUCUCUCCGUGUGAGACUCCUCAAGCCCAUACCUUGUUGGGAAAAAGAAAGGCCAAGAACAAAUGGAAGAGCCUUGGAUUUAUCUUUAUGUGUAAUGCAAGGACAAAACCAGAGUGUUACCGGUACCGUGUUUUUGGCCUUCCUGCAGGAAGAAGGGAAGAUGUAGAGAAGGUCAAGAAAGGCAUGAAACUUUUUCUAUUUGAUUACGACGUGAAGCUUCUCUAUGGUGUAUAUGAGGCAACCUCUGAUGGACAAAUGAACUUGGAACCUUCUGCUUUUGGAGGAAAUUUUCCUGCACAGGUGAGCUUUGCGAUUCAUAAAGAAUGUCUGCCCCUGCAUGAGACUGUUUUUAAGUUUGCUCUAAGAGAUAACUACGAGGGCUUCAAAUUUAAAGCAGAACUCACCCGCCAGCAAGUAAAGGAUCUCUCAUCAUUGUUCCCGGCAUUAAGUACUGCAGCAUCAGUGGCUUCAGUUCCACAGGUGGCUCCAUCACAGGCAAUUCGACAUCCAGCAUUAGUGGAUCAGUUCCAACCCCCAUUGAUGCUGCCUCCUUCACAGGAUCCGUAUCUAGCUGGAGCACAGCCUGGUUAUGCAGCACCUAUAGUUGAGCCUCAUUCUGUUCAACAAAGGGUGCUAAAUGACCCAUAUUACUAUGCAGAGAGUCAACGUCCUUACUUGGCUGAAGAUAAUGCCCAGAUAACGCGGGACCCUUAUUCCAGGUAUGCGGGACUGCAGCAGAUGGCCCCUCGUGACCAAUUUGCAAACAUUGCUGCUGGAUACUACAACUACCCAACUACUGCGACCUCUCAUAGUCCACAACUUACGCAUCUUCCGCGUUUCGAUAUAGGGUACGAUCUGCAGCGGAAGAAUGUUGCCGGAUAUUACACCACCUACCCAAUUCCUGCAACUUCUCUUGGUCCACCACUUGUGCAUCAUCCGCAUGGGGGGAGAGAAUUUGAUCAGGAGCGGGAGGAUGUUGCAAGGUCCUACGCUACCUACCCAAUUCCUGCAACUUCCCAAGGUCCCCCAGUUAUGCAUCAUCCGCAUGGGGGGAGAGAAUUUGAUCAGCAGCGGGAGGAUGGUGCAAGGUCCUACACUGCCUACCCAAUUCCUCCAACUUCCCAAGGUCCCCCAGUUAUGCAUCAUCCGCAUGGGGGGAGAGAAUUUGAUCAGCAGCGGGAGGAUGUUGCAAGGUCCUACACUGCCUACCCAAUUCCUGCAACUUCCCAAGGUCCCCCAGUUAUGCAUCAUCCGCAUGGGGGGAGAGAAUUUGAUCAACAGCGGGAGGAUGUUGUGAGGUCUUACAGUACCUUCCCAAUUACUGCAACUUCUCAAGGUCCCCCGGUUAUGCAUCCACAUGGGCAGUUUCCCGGAACGCCCCCAAUUCCUGCAACUUCUCAAGGUCCCCCGGUUAUGCAUCCACAUGGUCAGUUUCCCAGAACGCCCAUGAGUAGUUUUCCUGUCUCUUUCAAUUAUUUCUUUGAUGGAACCAAUCAGGUAUACCGAGGGGCCAAAAUGGGCAACUGCUGUGACGGCGGCGGAGGUACAGCGGUUGGCGGCGCCGAUUUUUCUCCGGGUGGCGGCCCUAACGACGCUGUUGAUUACUUCCUGACAUCCCACGGCCACCACGGUCUCUUCUCUCAGAUCGAGUUAUCAUUAUCUGCUUCAAACUUACAUGAUCGGGAUGCGCUUUCCAAGAGUGACCCUAUGGCAGUUAUUUACGGUAAGGGGAGAGAUGGAGUACUUAAAGAGAUUGGGCGUACCGAAGUGGUUUUAAAUUCGUUGAAUCCCAAGUGGAUCAGAAAGCAUACAGUGGCCUACCAUUUUGAGGUGGUGCAGACUUUGUUGUUUCGCGUGUAUGAUGUUGACAGUCAGUGGCAUGAUCUAGAUGUGAAGAUGCUUAAGCUGGAUGACCAGGAAUUUCUCGGCGAGGCCACUUGCACAUUGUCUGAGAUAGUCACCAAAACAUACAGGUCAUUGACCUUAGAUCUUGUACAAGAAGAUGAAUCUAAUGGCUCAAACCAUUCCAGAAAUUUUGGCACUCUCACCGUUCAUGCUGAAGAAUCUGUUAUCUCAAAGACUAGAACAGAGUUCAUAUUCAGGUGUUCCGAUUUGGAAUCUAAGGAUCUGUUCUCAAAAAGUGACCCUUUUCUGGUUAUAUCAAAAACUGUGGAGAGUGGUGCCCCCAUUCCCAUUUGUAAAACUGAGGUUUUGCAAAAUGAUCUCAAUCCGACAUGGAAACCAAUAUCUCUGAAUGUUCAGCAGGUUGGAAGCAAGGACACACCGUUAAUUAUAGAGUGUUUUAACUUCAACAGCAAUGGUAAACACGACUUAAUUGGAAAAGUUCAGGAAUCACUAGCAGACUUAGAAAAGCUUCAUUCUGUUGGGCAGGGGGAACAUUUAUCCAUACCAACUGCCGUUGGACAUAAUCAUCACAAGAAGAUCUGCAAGAGUCAGCUAUUUGUAGACAAGUUUUGUGAGAAGGUGGAACACACAUUCCUGGACUACUUGUCUCAUGGAUGUCAGCUGAAUUUCAUGGUCGCCAUUGAUUUUACAGCAUCCAAUGGGAAUCCCCGCCUCCCUGAUUCAUUACAUUAUAUUGACCCUUCUGGACGGCCAAAUGCAUACCAGAGAGCAAUUUUAGAUGUUGGAGAGGUAUUGCAGUUCUAUGAUUCAGAUAAGCGGUUUCCUGCAUGGGGUUUUGGAGCCCGUCCAAUCGAUGGUCCAGUCUCCCAUUGUUUUAACCUAAAUGGAAGCAGCAACUACUGUGAGGUUGAAGGAAUCCAUGGAAUUAUGGCAUCAUAUACAAAUGCACUGUUUAACGUUUCACUUGCCGGCCCAACUCUUUUUGGACAUGUGAUUACCACUGCUGCACAGGUUGCUGCCCAGGCUCUAGCACAUAAUCAACAAAAGUACUUUGUUUUAUUGAUAAUCACGGAUGGAGUUAUAACAGAUCUCCAAGAAACAAAAGAUGCUCUUGUGAUGGCAUCCGAUCUACCAUUAUCAAUCCUUAUUGUUGGAGUUGGAGGGGCAGAUUUUAAAGAGAUGGAGAUUUUGGAUGCAGAUAAAUAUGAGAAACUUGAAAGUUCCACUGGACGUGUUGCAUCCCGUGAUAUAGUCCAGUUUGUUCCGUUUCGAGAUGUACAUAGUGGAGAGGUCUCCGUUGUUCAAUCACUUCUUGCAGAAUUACCUUCCCAAUUUCUAACCUACAUGAGAAACAGAGAUAUGCAACCAAGCACGUGAUUAUACAAACAUCUUUAAUACAACAGUUCAUUCAAUUGUUUGUUGUCACGCCAGAUGAGUUCCCCAUUGUUGAGCCAGGGUGUGAUGCCACCUCUUGGUUUUUCUUGAGGCCUAUUUCAUCUUUUUUUUUUUAAUAGAAAAGAUAGUUUCUUGGGUUGGCCUUCACAAUUGAGCAAAUGUUCAUUUGGUGUAUAGCAGCUACACAGAUCUUUAUGGUUCACAUAGUCGAUAAUCCGAGGGGUUUUCUCUUUGUUUUUGA